AUGGUCGGAGACAAAAGAGUUUAUAUGAUCUCUCACACUACCACCAACACCAAUUUGAUGUUGCCAACACCCUCCAAAAGGCAUAGGGGAAGACCCUCAGGCUCUAAAAACAAACCUAAACCACCUAUCAUUAUUAAAGAAAACUCAGAGACUCUCAUGGAAAUGGUUUCCAUUGAGAUUCCUGCUGGAAGAGAUAUUGUAGAGUAUCUCAUCAAUUUGGCUCAACGUCAUCAAUCUAGCUUAACAGUGGUGAGGGGUUAUGGCCCUGUCAUUGAUGUUACACUUCUCAACCUGGUGUCACAUACCCCUUCUUUUCCCAUUGCAGGACCGUUCCGUAUGAUAUCUCUAUCAGGAACAUAUAUAAAUUCCAAUUGUGGUCAUGUUCCUCCACAAUUCGCCACUAAUCCAUCAUUUUCCUCUUUUUCCAUUUACCUUUCUGGAGGCCAUGGGCAAGUUUUUGGUGGAGUUCUUGGAGGGAAGGUAAAAUCUGCAGGUGUUGUGUUGAUUACAGCCACUCUUUUCAAGAAACCUGUGUUUCACAGGAUGGUCACCAUCAAUGGAACUAUUCAAGAUAUUGAAGAUGAUGAUUCAAUAUAUGGUGGUGGUGUCCUCAUCAAUGGUGAGCGUGUUGCACCUGAAUCCAGCAAUACUAAUGUUCUUAAUUUUCGAGGCUUUGGUGUAGUGGGUUCUGAUUCAACUCAUGCAAUCAAUCAUCAAACUGUCUCUUCUCAUCUUCCUAUUGAUAUGAAUGUCAUGCAGUGGAACCACGCCACUCAGUUUAAUAAUUAUUAG